CGGGUACUCCGGCUUUCCUCCACCUCCAAAACCUGGCACGUCCUUAAAUGACCCUGGCUGUUAAUAGGACGUCAAACAAAAACAAACAAACAUUUGUAGCAAAUUUAUAAGUUGCUGUUGGUAGUGAUGUCGCUUUUUAUUGGCUAUGAGUUGCUAGUGGUUUAAAGGAAGUCCUAAAUCUUUCAGUUAUGAAUGUAAUCAAAUGAUUAUAAUUACCUUGUAUUCUAUCUUUACACUAUAACGUGAAAAAAUCAUGUCUAACACAAUGUUGUACUUCUCUGAUUCAGGAUGAGUCUCUGGAUUAAUUUGACCGAACUCGAGGGGCGGCAGCAAAUGUAUAUUGCUCGAUAAUUGCUAAUUUAUUUGUGUCUAGUAUAUUAAUACAAUAAUGAAGACGCGUUCGACUCUCCUCUAGCCGAACACCGCCUGACAUUCUGUACGUACACAGAUGUCUGAUGUGUUGUAUUUAUCCAGUGUCAUAUUUGUCCCUUAAAAUUUAUCCUGCAACUGUCAUCGCAUUUACGGCAGUGACGGAAAACAGCUGUAUUUUAGAAUCUUUGCACGUGCGUCAAUUCGACUUACCUACUUCCAAGUAAAACAACAAUUAACUAAAGGCGAACAUAUUUGGGACAUUGUUGAUACCGUUUUACAUAGAAAUGCUUAUUUCUGAUGACUGUUGCAUGAUAAAAAGAAUAUAUGGUCAGUGUCUUAAAAUAUAAGCUGUAUUUUUGGCUCGAGACAGAAAGACAAAAGUGGCUCACCAAUUUGCAAGGCUCGCCACUUUUAUCAUUCUUUACCCUCACCCAAAUAGAGCUUAUAUUUUUUAAGACACUGACUAUGUAUGCCCGAUGUCCGAUUUUAGGGCCAAAGGAAACUCGGGUUAUCCAUUCAAUUAUCCAAUGGGAUAAACAACACAAAAUACAGAAAUGUAUUUCACUUCGACAGAUUUAUGUAACAAAUAAUUUUCUACGCAACAAUAUGGACAUAAAACAUGUAUGUCCUACAAACAAAGGAUUUCAUUUGAUUAUAUAAAUUGAUCAUAAACUUAAUUCGUUUUGAAUACACUUCCAGAUUCCUCCCCGUACCACUGAUUACCAAAACAUUUGUAUAUGCAUAUCAUUUCUGAAAUUAAUAUAAUCUUUUGAAUUCUAUUUCCGCCAAAACUCACAUUUUUUUUUUAUAUUAAUGUAAACAUUAAAUACAUACGUCUCUGAUGACACGUACACUUACGGGUAACACGCGGUGAGGUCAUCACGCCACCUAUUGGGCACUUCAUAACACAGAGAACAUAAUUUCACGCUAAAUUUCUAACCGGCAAACGGUUGACAUUAUAUCUAUAGUAUCAAAUUAAACACUAAGCUAUGAGCGUUGCCUCCCUUCCCACAGCCAAAAAACCGCGGGAACUCGCGAUCGACAGGAAGUUGAUGUAGCUGCAACAAGACAUAUGGCGGGAGCUGUGUGAGGCUGGACUGUCAGUUUCUUGAGCUUUUGGCUCGUCUACAUCAGUGCAAUUGAAAACAAUAACGAUUAUGGUAUUGUUAGAAUUGGCAGAUUCUUUAACUAAGGAGAUGUUUUCUUACGACACUGGGAAGAACAGCACCAAACCCAACCUCCUCAUCUUUGAUGCCAUCCUUCCCAAUGCCACUGUAUUUCUUGGAAAUAUAACUGAAACUGUGAUUGGCUGUUUUUCCUGGUCGUCGUCCAAUCAUUUUCUGUUCCAAGUUGCCAAUGUUGUGAUUUUGAUUGGCCUAUGUUUACCAGAUAGGAAAAAUGGAGUUCUCUUUAUGCACAGUAGUUUUGUGCUGGGUUUCCUGUUGCUCUCGGUGUGGUCCUGGGUGAUUCUGUGUGCUCCAGACUUUUUCUCCUGGAACUUUGCGUUCAUGGUGAUCAAUGCUUUCCAAGCGCUGUUUAUCAUGUAUAAUAUCCGACCAGUCAAGUUCUGUGUGGAGCUGGAGGAAAUAUAUGUUCAGCUGUUUCAACCACUAAAGAUACCUAGGUCGCUGUUCAAGAAGCUGAUCUGUGCAGACUUUUGUACACUGACCACUCUUCAUGAAGGGGAAGCAUACUGUUCUCAGGCCAUCAGUAAGACUGACCGUCUCGGGCUUCUAAUCUCUGGCAGAAUGAAUGUUUACCAUCAUCACAACUUACUCCACCAGAUACAGGAGAUGGAGUUUAUUGAUUCUCCCGAGUUUGAGUCUGGAGUUACUGGGGAUGAAAAGUAUCAGGUGUCUAUUUUUGCUGUAUCCACCUGUCGGUAUAUUUUCUGGCCACGACAAGGUCUGGAGUACCUGUUGAUCAAAGAACCUUACCUGGCCAACGUCAUCAACGCCAUGCUUGGCCGUGAUAUUACCACCAAACUCUAUGCCUUGAAUGAAAAGGUUACUUCUCCUAAAGGAGCGAGGAUGGAUAUCCGUCUACCCACGGUCUCAUCCACCAUCAAGGCUAAACCAGACCUUCGCAAAACUGUGGUCGGGAUGAUUGAGGAUCUAUCUCAGAAUGAGGCUAGACAAAAUGGCAGCAAGACUCGGAGCAAUAAAAGGGAUGUCGCUGAAAUCAACAAACUGACAAAGCCAAAUAUAGAGGAGGAGGAAGAUGAUCCGUAUUUAGACGAUUCUGUUGAGGAGAAUGAAAAGACAGAGUUGCUGAAUGGCCAUGUGCGCCCUCCAUUGUUUGGGGGUCCCAGUCUGUCAACCUGUAGUGAAACACCGUCGGGAUCUCGAGGAUCUGUAAAUUCAGGACUACAUUUCAACAUUUGAGCAAUCAAAAUACUGAUCCUGCAAUGAUGGAUGGAAUUUGACUUUUUGUGUUUCAAUAUUUCUUCAUCUUAAUUGUUUUUAAACAAAUCUGAAAUUGACAAUUUAAAAACAUGUUUGGCAAUCUGAAAAAAAAAGUGUUUUCAUGGGGAAAAUGAGCAUGCUUAAUUCCCCUGUCAAUGAUUGUAUCAUUCAGCUUGAAAUGGUGAAAAUUCUUUACAGGAAACUGCAUUUUUUCUAAAUCAAUUUCCUCUGUAGGUAUUGGCUUUCUAAUCCUCUUUCUGGUUCAUCGUUAUAUUCGGUUACGUUGUCUGGUUGUUAAUUCUGGUUACGUAUUUUGUAGAUGUGUGAUGUGAUUUCCCUCAUGCAUACAUCUUUGGCCUUGUAACUUCCAUUAUCUGAUACGCUUAAACACCAAACCCUCUUUAAAUUUCAGUGUUAGGAUACAUUUGUGCAUUACCUAAUGAAGCUGUGAAAUGAUUAUCAUUUCUGUUCAUUCUGCUGUGAAGAGCGUUGUUGUCAGCUCUCAGAACUGGAGACAACAAAGAGAUCAAGAUUACUGUAAUGAUGUGCAGUAACUAUAGUUUUUACAUGUGUUAUUGUUAUUUAUUAACACAACACCCGCAUCUUUGUGUCAGACUAAUGCCAUCACAAGACCGGUGCCAUUUAUAAUAAGGCCUUCCUGGUAUUCCCUGAUGAGUAUAUCAUUACGUUCACUUCCUUUUUUUUUAGUAUUUUGGAAGAUUUUUUAGCAGUAUAGAACAGAAUUGUCAAAGAAAUAGCAUUUUUCUUUCCCAUACAAACCAUACUUAGCUAUAUGAAGUCAAAGAGUAGAAAAACUCUUAGCAUUAUUUGAUUGUGCAAACGUAUUACAGAACACCGUUUAAGCUACUCGCAUAUAACUUAGAACACUCUGUGCUGUGUUCAGAAAGAAAGAUUAGAUGACAGAUUUAAGGUGAUUUACAUCCACUUCCUGUUAGAUAAGAGUUGUCAACCUAUGAUUCCCAUCAGAUGAUUACCUAAUCUGGUAUGAUAAAUCCACUUCCUGUCUAAUAAGUGUUUUCAUUAUUAGGCCCAUGAUAUGAUUUCCAGAUUGAGUGCUAAUCCACUUCCUGUUAGAUUUCUGUUAUGAUGUCCUUAAUGUGAUUUCUUGAUUGAGUGUAAUCGAUCCACUUCCUGUUAAAUUAUUGUUGUUAUUAUGAGGCCCAUGGUGUGAUUUUCUGAUUGAGUAUAAUUAAUCCACUUCCUGUUGAAAUAUUAUUGUUGUUAUGAGGUCCAUGGUGUGAUUUCCUGAUUGAGUAUAAUUAUUCCACUUCCUGUUAGAUUACUGUUGUUAUUAUGAGGCCAAUGUAAUCCACUUCCUGUUCGAUUACUGUUGUUAUCAUAAGGCCAUUGUUCUGAUUUUAUGAAUGAGUGUAAUUAAUCCACUUCCUGUUCGAUUACUGUUGUUAUUAUGAGGCCAAUGUUCUGAUUUUAUGAAUGAGUGUAAUUAAUCCACUUCCUGUUCGAUUAAUGUUGUUGUUAUUAUGAGGCCCAUGAUGUGUAAAAGAUUUGUGUAUCAUCAGCCUCUUAUAUUUGUUGUUUGCUUUGUUUGUAAAUAAAUUAAUUUGUUGUCUAUUUUA